GUGUCUUUAAGGCGCCCGUGUGUCUGUGUGUGUGUGUGUGUCUCAGCAGUAGCUCGGUCGAGUCUGGUCCGGUCUGCUGUAUUCGGAUCUGAUCUGGUCAUGUCUUAAAUCAUCUGCACCGGAUCGUGCUCUCAGCUCUUUCUCGGUCUGGCGGUCGGGUGAACUUGCUUCUGGUCGUAAUGCAGCCUUCAUCAUCAGUGUUUCUUCUUUUUCUAUCAAGUUUUUCUCUCGCUUUGGCCUGUAAUAAAGCUCUGUGCGCCAGUGACGUCAGCAAGUGUCUCAUUCAGGAGCUGUGUCAGUGUCGGCCGUCAGAUGGGAACUGCUCGUGCUGUAAGGAGUGUCUGAUGUGUUUGGGUUCUCUGUGGGAGGAGUGCUGCGACUGUGUGGGCAUGUGUAACCCGAAGAACCUGAGCGACACGCCGGCGACGGCCAAGAGCACAGUGGAGGAGCUCCAGCGGCCGAUCCCCUCGCUCUUCAGAGCGCUGACCGACGGAGACGCUCCCAUCAACAUGAUGGUGGUGUCCUUCCCUGUGGCUGAAGAGCUGUCCUAUCAGCAUAACCUGCUGUCCUUCCUGGAGACGCUGGACACACACCACAACGUGUCUCUGCCCGGGAACAGCAUCCACGCCAGCUACGACACGCCAGAUAAGCUGUGUACGGUGGUGUACUUCGACGACUGUGUGUCGAUCCGUCAGUGUAAGCAGUACUGUGAGUCGAUGGGAGGAUCGAAGUACCGCUGGUUCCACAACGCUUGCUGCGAGUGCAUCGGACCCGAGUGCCUCGACUACGGCAGCAAAACCGUCAAGUGCAUGAACUGUCUGUUCUGACCUCCACAGCUCCUCGCACCCUGUAUAUACCUCGCUUUUAUUCCUGUAGCCAAACACACCGAGAUGAGACGUCUGAUCGAUAGAGAGUAGAUGCAUGUUGUUCAUAUUCAGCUUUUAUUAGGAGUCCAGGUCUUUAUGAAGACCGACUGAUUUCAUGUAGAGUUAAAUCAUUAGUUUGUCUUCAGCAAGUAAAGAAUAAAAAUGUGAUCAGUGAAGCCUGGUUUGAGCUGAAU